AUGGCGGGGCUGUUCUCUUCGCAGGACGCCGCAUCGCCGUGGUCCCCGAGGAUGAACUCGAGCUUGCAGGCGUCCCCGACGGCGUCCAGCGGUGGUGGUGGUGACCUGGCGGGCUGCAUCUCGGACGUGCCUCCAGAGAAGCUGCACGCGGCGGGUACGCUAGUCACCUUCCUCAUCCUAGGACUCAUUAACGUCCUGGUCAUUUUCGGCAACCUGCUAGUCAUGGUUGCCGUGCUAUGCUCGACCAAGCUACGAACCGUCACAAAUUACUUCGUGGUGUCGCUGGCAGUGGCCGACCUCUCUGUGGGGAUCAUAGUGCUGCCCUACUCGAUCGUGCUCGAAGUACUCGAAGUGUGGAUCUUCGGUCACACAUGGUGCCAGAUCUGGCUUGCCGUGGACGUGUGGCUGUGCACGUCGUCCAUCCUCAACCUGUGCGCCAUCAGCGUGGACCGCUACCUGGCCAUCACGCGGCCAGUGCGCUACCGCAGUCUCAUGUCGUCGAAACGAGCCAAGUUGCUCAUCGUGGCGGUCUGGGUGAUCGCCUUCGUCAUCUGCUUCCCGCCUCUGGUCGGCUGGAACGACGGGACUGAAAACCUCGUGCCUUACCUGAGUUCCAACGCGACGACCAAUGGCAGCGUCACGGUGGCCGACGCCCCGCUGCCGCUGUGCGAGUCCGCGCAGUGCGUGCUCAUCAACAACAAGGGAUACGUCAUCUACUCCGCUCUGGGCUCCUUCUAUAUCCCGAUGCUAUUUAUGCUCUUCUUCAACUACCGCAUCUAUCGCGCAGCCAUCCAGACGGGUCGUGCCUUAGAGCGAGGCUUCAUCACUACCAAGUCGGGAAAGAUCAAAGGGCGCACGCAAGAGCAGCGGCUCACCCUGCGCGUGCAUCGCGGCAACGACUCCGGACUGAACGUCAAGCGAGGCAGCGAACACGUAGGCGCCGAGACCUGCAUAGACGGCAUCGUGACCGGGCGCAGACGGCCCGGCCUCAAGAAGUCCCGCGACGAGCCCUCGGCGAGCGCCCGCUCGUCGGGUAAGAAGUCGCGCGCCAGCCAGGCCGACGUCGAACGGGCCACGCGCUCGGCACCGCCGUCCUUCAAGUCCAAGAGGGGCAGUGUUCGAAACAGCGGUCGCAACGGGACGUCGGGAGGCAGCAAGAGCUCGCGCUCGAGCAAGCGCAGCCAACGCUGGCAAGCCAAGCGGUUCCGCACCGAAGCCAAGGCGACCAAGACCGUGGGCACCAUCGUGGGCGGCUUCAUCUGCUGCUGGCUGCCCUUCUUCACCGUCUACUUGGUUCGAGCUUUCUGCGAACACUGCAUUCCCAACUUGCUCUUUUCCGUGUUCUUCUGGUUGGGCUACUGCAACUCGGCCCUCAACCCACUCAUUUACGCGCUAGUCAGCAAGGACUUCCGGCUGGCCUUCAAGAGGAUCCUCUGCCGCUGCCGGCUCAAGGAAGGCGGCGUCUCCUCACUCAUCAAACAGAUCCACAUGCUCACAGUGCUCGAUGACACGCCUCCCGAGAACGCCGAGUCGCCCUAG